GAGGAAUUGAGUAGCUUGAACAGAAAGUUGAUUCACAUCACUUGACAAAGGCCUCAUGGAGCCAGAAGACUUAGAAAUAUGUCCUUAUGACCCAAACCACAGGAUGCCAGCCAGCAGGUUACAGUACCAUCUGGCAUCAUGUAGAAAGAAAAAUCCGAAGAUAGCUAAAAAGAUGGCUAACUGCAAAUAUAAUGCUUGCCAUGUGGUCCCAAUCAAAAGGCUCAAGGAACAUGAGGCUAACUGUGUCAAUAGAACUGCUAUAGAUGAUGAGCCAUUUAACCUUCCAAAGUUUCUCUCUCCAAGUUUGGAACCAAAUGAAAAACUUUCUAAUACUGCCAAUCAGAUCCUUGACCCUGAUGUCUGGAACAUAGAUAACACCCAUCAUUCUCCUUCAUUUGUUCUUAAGACAUUUGCUCCAAAAAUGCUGGUCUGUGAAAGUGAUUCAAGAGACAUAAAAAAAGAGACUAUGGAUGGCAAACAUCCUAACAACUAUAAGUCCUGGAGAAAAGUUUCACCCCCGCAAGGCCACUAUCGUUCUGGAGAUGAGAAUGGGCUGAAAGACGACAAUGGCCCGAGGACGGGGAGCCUGAAGAGUGAGAAGUGGCCAACGCGCGCGGCAGCCGGGGAGGCCUGGGAGGCCUGGGAGGCCUGGCGCAAGGAAGACACACUCCUGCGGAGCUGA